GCCAGCAGCUGUGGUGCAUAAAUUUGAAAACGUGCCUGUGGAGCACAAGCACAAAGUGAACACAGGCCGCCUCCUGAACCUUCUGCUGGCAAUUGGUGUGCUUUUGCCCACUCCAGUGGCCAUGUCUCUUUUGCUGUACAAGCAGAAGGUGAUUAAGCUUCCUGUGGGAGCUGAUCUUUUGGACCUCAAUAUCUCCGCGUCCGGCUGCGACGUGUCGUUGGUGCCCCACAGCCACUUGCAGGCAAGGCUUAGCUACUGGCGCUUCUUCGGCUCUGACUCUAUGGAGGUGGUGAACAACACCCUAUUGGUGGAAGCCAGCUACACCCGUAAAAUCCUGAUGAUGCGAUGCGUGAUCACGGUCUUCCUGCCUGAAGGCCUUACCCACUUCAAGUCGGCGAGCAUUACAAUCAGGCCAGACUCCAGCGAAGAAGUGAUGCAGCGCGAAAGCUGCUCCAAUACUAUGCAAAUGCUCAGCGUUACGAUGUCACAUUUGAAGCUGCGCGACCACCUGCUGGUGAACGUGUCCACAAUUGCAAUGACGGAGCUCUUCGACGUAGCGGCGUCGAGGAUGGAAGUCAUCGUGGCGGGCGGAAAGCUCGUCCUGCAAGGAGAUCUGCCGACUGAGGCAAACAUUGCUGCUCAGGACGCCCUGGUGACCGUGUCUGGCAUCGCGCCGAUGCGAGUGCAGGUGGCCAAGGAGGCAGUGCCAAACGUGAACAUGGCUGCGGUCAAGAUCCAGGCGAGCACUUCCGAGCAUGUGUACAAGUUGUCUGGGGCCUCGUUGCCCACUAGGGCUGUGCGGGUGCUGAGCGCCGAAGGAAGCGCAGUCUACAUCCAAGCCAAUGAACAUCCGGAUGCUUCGCUGUGCCAGCUGCAGGUGGUGAGGGGCCGGCCUGCGACAAACUCGACCAUCCUGCACCCCCACACUUCGAAGCUUGAGGCAACCUUGCCAAGUGGCUACUGCAUGAACACGAGCAGCAGGAGCAGCGAUCCAUCGUGUACAUCCACCUCCUUGCUCCGAAUGCCCCACCGGGCUUGA